CUUUUUUUUCUUUUUCAAUAUUUCUUUUAGUCAGUUUGAUUUCCAUUAUUCUUCUAUAAUUCUAUAUAUAUUGUUAUAUUUUUUACUGUUUCCAUCUAAUGCUCAUAAUGCUAAAAGAUUAUUCAAAGUUGAUAUCUGCAUAGAUUUUUAAUUUAUAUUAUUUUAUUAAUAACAAAAGUGACAUUUUAACCUCGUAAGAUACCUGUAAAUUAUGUUAAUAAAUUUGGUUUAAAUUUAAUUUAUUUAAUUAUUAAAUUUAAGCAAUCAUGUCAUGGAUUUUCGGAAUGGGUGGCAACAAGCCAGAACCACCCAAUUUGGAUGAGAUAUCUGGUGUUUCAGAUAAAAAACCACCACCACCUCCAUCUUCAAGUGGUGAGGCAUAUAAAUUUGAUUCAUCUGCUUUAGAAAGAGCAGCUAAAGCCGCUAAAGAAUUAGAAAAAUCAAGUAGGUAUUUUUUUUAAAAUAUUCUCUAUUGAUUGUUAUAAAAUAAAUAACUAUUAAUUUUUGUAUUACCUAUUGCAAAUUUUAAGAACAUGCCAAAGAAGCAUUAGACUUAGCUAAAUUACAAGAAACUUCAAAACAAAUAGAAUAUCAAUCCAGAAUAAAAGAAUUUGAAGUUCAUUUGGAACAAACACGAAUGGAACAAAAAAGAAUUGAAGCUGAAGAAAGAAAAAAGUUGUUAGCUGAAGAAACUAAACAGCAUCAAUUACGAUCUCAAUACCAAGAUCAAUUAGCUCGCAAAAGGUGUUUUGUAAAAUUAAUAAUUUUGUUUUUCAUUUUUAUUAGAAAUGAUUAAUCUAUAUACAAAAAUGCAUAAUAAGUUUAUAUAAAGAGUAAGAUACAUGAAGGAGUUGAAUAAGCAGCCAUUAGUGACAUUUAACUGGAUUUUGUACAAUGUUUUAUAUAAUAUUCUGGUGCAAAUUAAUUCUAGGUAUGAAGAUCAGCUUCAACAACAACGAGCAUCUAAUGAAGAGAACUUGAGGCGACAAGAAGAAUCUGUUGCUAAACAAGAAGCUAUGAAAAAAGGUAUCUUAUGCAAAAAAUAAUAAAUUAUAAUUUUUUUAUUUUAUUACUUUUAUAGCUACUAUUGAACAUGAAAUUGAGAUGAAAUCCAAAUUAGAUGCAAAAAAAUCUGAAGCUAAAGCAUUAGCAAGAGCAAAAGCAGAGAGAGAAAACCAUGAUUUAACUAUGGAACAACUCAAAUUAAAGGCUUCUGAACAUCGUCAAACUGUAUUAGAAUCUAUAAAGUAAGGAACUUUUCUUCUUUAUGUAUGAAUCUAAUAGAAAAUUAAAACAUUUAAAAUUUAUCAUUUUUUAAGAACUGCUGGGUCAAUUUUUGGAAGUGGAGCUAAUGCAUUACUUUCUGAUUGGGAUAAAACUUUAAUGGCUGCUGGAGGUUUAUCUCUUUUGGCCUUGGGUAUAUACAGUGCCAAGGGUUUUACCAGUGUUACAGCAAAAUAUGUUGAAUCAAGAUUGGGUGAAUAUACUUAAGUUAAAGUAAAAUUAUUGUGAUAUUGAUCAGUGCAAAAGUUAUAAUAAUAUACCCGUAUUGCCCUUUGAAAUAACAAUAUGGGUAUUGUAUUAUACCCAUAAUUAUAUUAUUAUAUGAUUAGUAUACUUAACUUAUGUAUUCUAAUGAAAAACGUGCGUAAUUGAUCACAGUAAAAAAAAAAAAUACCAAUUUUAAAAUUAAAACUUACAGUACUGAGGAAUCUUUUUUCACAAUACUUAUUUACUGCUGCCAAAAAAUAAAAACAAAAUACCUUUCUGCUCACUAUGGAUCUGUCUAUUAUAAAAAUAUAAAGGAAAACCAAUACACACUCACACAAUAACGUCUAUUUUAAUUUUCAAUAAAUUAACAUAAUACAUUUUUCACUAUUAUUUUAAGAAAUCUGUUCUGUGUGAAAAAUAAUAAAUCAAUUUUCAGACUCUCUUAUAUUUAAAUGUACAAGGAUCCUGCUCUGAGGGAAAAAAUUUACUCUGUGUCUAUAUGCCCAACCAUGGUCUGUAUCAUAAUAUGACUAUGGUUGAUAAAAUAAGGAACAUCCAACCAUAAAAAAAGACCAACAUACUUUGUGAAAUGGGUGGGCCACGAUUGUAAGUGUGUAGUUGAGAAGGUAGGAUGUAGAAGAGAAUUCAAUGUUUUUAUGUAUGCAACAAUUAAUCAUUGCUAACAAAAAAACUAUUCUGAGCAGAGUUCGGUUGUACAUAGUAUUUUAAAAUACCUGUUUGGUAGUUGGUCUUACGAUUUUAUCCACAGAGUACCUAUUAAAUAUUGCAUAUAGAACUUUCAAAAUUAUAAUUGUCUAUAAAUAGCUCAUAUGUUUUGAGAAUUGUACUAAAAUAUAUUUUUUUUCAAUCAGUUUCAAACAAUUAUUCAAUAAUAAUCACAAUGACUGCAGGAUAAUUCUUUAUCGCAACAGUAGUUCUUUUAAUAUUAAUUGUUUUUUUCACACUUUUUCUAGAAAUUAAAAUGGCUAUUACUAAUAAACUAUGCAUCAGAUAUGUAUAUGUGAUACAUUACAAUUUUUAGAAUAAUAUCUUUUACAAUAUUGUUAUAUUGAAAAUUUUGUAAGUGAAUAAAUAAAGUUAAUUUUUUUUUUUUUGUGUUUAGGUGAUGACAAUAAACAUUAAAUUUUUUUCCAAAUCAAUGUCCCCCGAUUUAAAAAAAAAAAAUUGAAAAAUAUUUAAGCUCUAGAAAAAUUUAUUGAACAUGGUGGGGACACUGUAAAUAAAAUAUAAUAGUAUAAUAAAUUAUUAUUUUUAUAUAGGUACUUAGAUUUGUUAACUAAUUGUUUAAAUUAAAUUGAAAAAUAUAAACUAGAAAAUUGAUAAGAGACUGCACCUUUACACAUUUUUUUUUUUAUAUCAAAAAUACUUUCUGCAAUAACCUUUUAUAUUUCAAUCAUGGUUCUAAUUGUAUUGGUCUCACUGACCAUAAUCGGGCAUAUAGACACAGUGAAAAAAUUAUUACAUAUAUACUAAUAACUACUGUAGGUUCUGUUACUAUAUGUAUUGAAUAUGUAUCUGUGCUAGUAAAACUAAAAAAAAAAUAACCCAGUACUUCGCCUAUUCUAUAACAUUUAAUAGAUAAGUACGCCCAUACCCUCCAAAGCUAUAUUGUGUCCAGUUUUAGUCUGUUACAUAUUAGGUAUAUACAAAUAUUGUUAUACUAUAUAGUUGAUAAGUUCGAAAAAUUAAAAUGUGUUACUUAGGAACCUAUAGUAAACCUAUCUCAUCAAUUAUUAUGUGAAUUAACAUAACAUAUAUAAUAUAUGUUUGAUGAAAAUCAAUUUAAAAACAAAUUUAAAUCUGGAUAAUUAUUAACUAUUAGUGAAAAGAUGGCAUCAACUUUGAUUGAUAUAUUAUUAUAUUACACAGCUUAUCAAUAUUAUAAUCGCUUUGUUUUUAUAAAUAAAAAUUUAAAAAAUAAUUUUUUUUAUAUAUUCUGUCCAUUAUUUUACUAUAUAAUUUUAUAUGGAUUUUAUUCUUGUUAAUUUUAGGUAAACCUUCCUUAGUACGAGAAACAUCUAGAUUUGCUUUGUUAGAUGCAGUAAGACAUCCAAUUUUGACAAUGAAAGAACUCAAAAUAAAAAAAAGUAGUGCAUUAAAAGAUGUUAUUUUACCACCAAAAUUAGAAUCUAGAUUAGGGUGAGUAUAUGUUAAAUGUCCAAACAAAUCAUUAAUUAAGUUAAUUUGUGUAUCCAAUACCCAUUAAUUAAAAUAAAUGUAUUAUUUACAACUAAUGGAUUACAGUGAUGUUGCUAUAGCCACUUUAAAUACUAAAAAAAACCGUGGGAUGUACCGGAAUAUUUUAAUGUAUGGACCACCCGGUACUGGAAAAACAUUAUUUGCUAAAGUAAGACAAUUUAUUUACAAUUAUUAGGUUAUCUUACAAUAUAAUAUUUUGUAUACUAAUAUAUUAUGUCCAUAUUAAGGCCAUUAUUAUUAUUAUUUGUAUGGUUUACAAAGAAAUAUUUUGUUUUUAAGGUUUUAAAUAAAUAUUACUCGUAUUGCAUAUUUUAUAUUUUUUUAAUACAUAUAAUUUCAAUAGUUUUAUGCUUUAAUUAUAAUAUACUUUUGUUUAUACUUUCAAAAAGUUUAUAUUUUACUUUUUAAAUUAAGUUCGCGAGUGCUGCAAGUUCAAAAACAAAAACAUUAUUUUUACAAUAAAAAAAAAAAAAAUAUCCAAUUAUCUAUAUUAUGUAUUAAAUAAAACAAUGAAAGGAAAAAUUCAAUUUUUAGUGCUAUUCUAGUAUUAUAUGGUUUAGAUUAAGUUUAUUUAAAUAUUUUUUAUUAUGUCAUUUAUUUGUAGACAAAGUUAAAUUAAUAUUAAGCUUUAUACAUAGUCGAAUACCGGCAUUUAUGACUAUUUUUCUACAAAAUUCCUUAAUAAUAUUUUAAGUCAACAUUACAUAUAUAAUUUUAGCUAUUUUUUGAAAUCCCCUUUUUCCUAAUUAUUUUACAUACCAAGGUAUGUGUGCAUUAGUGCUAUUACAGGUUUUUUUUUUUAGUGCCUAAUUUUACGGUGUUAAGUGUUAUUGGUUGUCUUUUUAUAACUCAUUUCAUAAUUUUGACAUUCUAUAUUUUGUUUAAUGUUUGUAAAGGAACCUUAAACAUAUAAAUGUUUGUCAAUUAUCUUUUAAUAUAAGGUUAAUUUUGUCAUAUAUUAUUUAUUUAUAAAUUAUGAUCAUAUUAAAAAUUUAACAAUUACAAAUUAAAUUUUUAGUUAAAAUUUUUGUUAAUAUUAGUAGGUUAAUUAUUAUUAUCAUAUGAAUUGAUUUUUAUUGUUUUUUAGAAAUUAGCUAUGCAUUCUGGAAUGGACUAUGCUAUAUUAACUGGUGGUGAUGUUGCACCUUUGGGAAAAGACGGAGUUACAGAAAUGCACAAAGUUUUUGACUGGGCAAACAAUUCAAGAAAAGGUUUAUUGUUAUUUGUUGAUGAAGCUGAUGCAUUUUUAAGAAAACGUAGUUCAGAGAUGAUUAGUGAAAAUUUGCGUGCAACUUUAAAUGCUUUUUUGUAUAGAACUGGAGAUCAAUCAAACAAGUAAGCCUAUUUGAAAUUGUACACAUAAUAUCUAAUACAUUUUCUAGUUUAAAUUUUCAUAAUUUUAACUGUUUCAACCAUCUGUGUUAAAAUAAAAAAAAUAAAAUUUGCAUUAAAUUCAUUUUUAAUUUGUUCAUAGAUAAUUAGACUUGUAAAAAAGUGUAACAUCUAGAGUUUUAAAUUAUUUCAGAUUUAUGUUAGUUUUGGCAAGUAAUACUCCUGAACAAUUUGAUUGGGCAGUAAAUGACAGAUUAGAUGAAAUGGUAGAAUUUGGUUUACCUGGCAAAGAAGAAAGAGAACGUUUAAUAAUGUUAUACUUUGAUAAAUAUGUGUUAACACCAGCAACUCAGAGAAAAAGGUAAUGAAUAAUUAUUAUCUAUGAUUAUGAAAUUAAGAAAGAAUAUUAUUUGCAGUAAGUUGAAUGUUGACAAAUUCGACUACAGCGCAUUAUGCAAACAAAUGGCAGGUAUGACUACUGGUAUGUCUGGUAGAGAAAUCGCCAAAUUGGGGGUUGCAUGGCAAGCAGCUGGGUAUACUUCAGAAGAUGGACUUUUAACUGAAGAAAUGGUGUUGAGUCGCUGUGAAGAUGCAAUUAAACAGCAUAAACAAAAAGUAUUUUUAAACCAUUUUAUUUUAAAUGUAUUUAAAGUAUUAUAAUUAUGUAUAUAUUUUUUCAGAUGGAAUGGAUGAGUGAAAAAGAAAAAAAUGAUUCUAGAUACACAAUGCAAAAAAACAUUCAGUAAAAUUUAAAAUUGUGUAGUAAAAUCCUAAAUAAAUAGUUUCUGACAUAGAAUAUUUUGGGAGCUUAUCCCAAAAAACCAUAGAAUUCCAUUAUGUUAAAUACAUACUUUUGUUAUUGUAAAAUAUAUUUUGUAAAGUUUUUUCAAAACAUUAAAACACAGUAGUAAAAAAAAAAAAAAAUUAAAAAUGAAGAAAAAUCAGAUUUUGAUUUAUACAAAUCUAAAACUACUUAUGUCAUGUAAAAAACUUGAUAUAAUAUUAAACACCUUAAGUGUUUGUAUUUAAAUAAAUUUAUGUCCAUUGAAAGGUCAUAAAGUAUAACUGAAAAAUUAUACACAGUGUGUAUUAAUUAUAAAUAUAAUUUAUUUAUUUAAUAUUACAAAGACAACUUAAGAACACAUUAAUAUUACAUAUUUAUUUAUAAUUUAUAAUAGGAAUCUAAAAACAUGUUUAUAAUUUAACUAUUUAGGGUAUAUAAUGGUAUACAUAAAUUUGUUUUUAGUUAUUUAUCAGGAAUACAUUUAGAUUUAAAUUAUUAAAACUGAGAUCAUAUUUAUUUAAUUUUAACAUUAUUGACACAAUAAAAAUAAAUAAAAGGUAACAUAUACUACAGAACUGUUAGUGAUUAUUAUUUUUUAAAUAAUGAGUGAGAAAAAGAAAUAUUGAAAUAAUGACCAAUAUUUUUUAAGAUCGUUUUCUUGUUUUUCUCCAAUAUUAUGAAAUUUUAAAAGAUAUUUAAUGACACCCCUAAUGAUCAGACCUGUCUAGUUCCACUAAUCUAUUGUCUGAUAUUCAUUUAUGGGGAAGAGUUAUAGUCUAACAGGUUUUUUUUUUGUCUAAAAGUAUCAAAAAAGGAGUAAGUUUGUUAUGAAAAUAGAUUUAGGAGGGGAGGGGAAUAUUGAAAAAAGAUGUUUGGUUGCUAUUGGGAAUUAUAUAAGGACGAGGAUAAUGUAGGGGAUUGGUUCAAGUGGAAGUUUAAGACGAGUGUCUCACCCCAAAUAGUUGAAAUGAAAACGAAGCAUUAUCUGAAAAUAAUUUAAUUUGCCAUGAAGUUUACUUAAAAUCACCUUCUAAUAUUUUUUUAAUUUUCAAUAUUCUUCUUUUAAAAAGUGAUCUUAAUUUAAAAAUAGUGGUAAUCCUAUUUUAAGGACAUUCAAUACAAUUUACAUAAUAUAGAUCCAUUUUGAUAAAAAAAAACAGCAAGGAAUUGAAUCUUCUUAAUUAGUGAAAGUAAUAACUUUAUUUUUUAAAAAAAUUACAAUUGCUAGCUUUUGUCAAUUUAACCAUUUACAUUUUAUAUUUUGAGAAAAUUGCAAUCCUAACCAAUUCAUACAUAUUCCCAUAAUGCUUUAGUGUAUAAUAAUUAAAUAUAGUAACUGCAUGAUCAUACAUGUAUUAAUUAAUAAUGUGACAAAUUAACAAUAUAACAUGAUUAACAAAGUAUACAAGGCUGAACAAGAAAACAAAAUUUCUUAUAGUAUUAUCAAUAAUGAACCAUUGAACAUUAAUGAUUUUUACUUAGUGUGAUUUAUUUUUGUAAUAUUUUCAUUAGUUGCUUUGUUUUCAAAUGUAUUUAUUGGUCUAAUUUUAUUUUCAUAACAAUUCUAUAUUUAUCAUUCAAAUAGUAAGUAUUUAAUUUAUUUGUAAACACAUUUUUAACUAAGAGAUAUUGAAUGAACAAUUUGACAAAAAUGAUUAUUCAUAAUUAAAUUAAAAUAAGAUUAAUAAUAAAAUUAGAAUUGAAGGGUUUAAAACAUUAAAAAAAAAAAUAAUUUAUAUUUGAAAUUUUUUAAAUUUAGUAAAAUUUAUUCCACAAUAUCAGAGUUCAUAAAAAACAAAUAACUAUCAACUUUUUCAAUCACUUUAAUUCUGCUAGCAGUGCGAAAUUUUACAAACUGAGCAACCCACCUAUUUUACACCAUAUCAAGUGUGGACAGCUUCACGACCUGCUUUUAUAACCUAAUCACAUUCUUUACUUGUAAAUAUCAAAACAUAAAUUGUAUAUAAUUUAUAUAUUCUAUAGAUUUUUAAGUUUCAGUUCAUCUGGAUAACAUCUCGUAUGAAUCUAUGAUUCUUUAAUGCUAUUUAUUUUCCUAAAGUUAAAAAUUUGUCUAUUUUAUAUUAACAUUAAGUUUAGAUGACUAUGUCAGGGAAACUUUAUAUGUAAAACAUUUUUUUUAAAAAAAAAGUAAAAUUUAUUACUAAGAGUUAGAUGACAUAAAAUUAAAUAAAAUAUUUUAUACAAAUUAAAUUCACAUGAUUUUGAAUGCAAUUAAAAUAUCACAGUCAUUACUUCUUUCACCCAUUUCAGAUAAUCCUAAAAUUAUUAAUGUCUUUAUCAACAGUGUACCAUAAUGUGAAAUUUUGUAUGGUAUCUUGUACAAUGUACUUACAUUGAAACCAAUCAUACAACAUACAAUCCAUAAAUGAAUGUAAUUUUGUUAUUAUUUACUUUUGACAGGUGAUUUUCCAUAAAAACUGUCCAGGAAUAAUCCUACAAAUACUAUAAUUGUAGCAAUCCAUUGUCUAGUUAACAUUGGAUUACCAAAUAAUAUAACCGAUGCAAGUACAGUAAAAAAUUUUCUUGUAGUUGUCACAAUUGAGCAAGGUAAUGGUCCAAAAUCACUUACAGUCCAAAAUAUAAAGAACUGCCCAAGUGCACUGAAUGCUGAGAAUAAAAGUAAUUGCACACAAAUUUGUGGGUAACGCUGUACAAAACUAAUAAAGUCAAAUAUUUGACCAGUACCAAUAAGUGCCACUCCUAAGAAGAACAUAGACCACAGAUUCAUGUUAACCAUCAUAUGGCCAGACUUUGUUUUUGAUUCACUUCGCAUUCUUUCUUGAAUAGCUCCAGUCACACCAUCCAUUAUCAGUGACAGUAUCAAUAAUAUUUCUCCAAGGCCCAACACUGUAAAAAGUAUAAUAUUAGUUAAAAUAGAAAUUAUAGCUUGCAGGUGGCAACAGGCUAAUAAGUAUCUACACAUACUAGAAGAAUCAGACUGUGAUAAUUUGGACUUUCCGUCUUUGAACAUGAACAAAGCUACUCCAAUAACUACAAGGAGCACAAAUAAAUAUUUCUUCAACGGAUAUGACUUGCGUCCCAACAGUACACCUAGAAUCAUAACUGGUAUUGGUUUACCAGAUUUGGCCACUACCUACAAGGGUAUAAGAUUAUUUGUUUGAUUAAUAACAAUAAGUCAUAUAUAGAUUUUGUUUUUACUCACCUGAGUAGGAUAGUUGACCCAUUGUAAUGCCAUGUUACUGAAAAUCAUAGCUAGCAAGUAUGUAGUCGCACUGAUCGCAUAAUAUGUGGGUCUGGUUGUAUCAUUGGAGUCUUCAGGAAACGCUUUCAAUAUGGCUUUGGCGAAAACAUAGUUUACUACGCACUGUACAAACACUAACGACAGGGAGUACGUAAACUUUUCGCCUCGCGUGCCAUACGUGCCACGGGUGAUUUUUUCUUGGAGUAUUCCGUAGAAGAAAUAGCAUACGAAUAUUCCAAUGGCACAGAUAGUGAACCUUGCACGUCUAUCCAUAUUGUUAUCACAGGUCGCGAUCCGCUACUGUCCAAAAAUCUAGGAUCUAUCUACACGUAAAAUAAUUUACGACAACAGAAAACUACAGACAUAAUAUAAUAGUGAAGUACUAAAGAAGUGACAUGUCGGCACCACCAAGUGAUAACACGACAUAGGUACACGUGUCUAGUAGAUAUUGGAAAACGGUCAAACGCGACGAUACGCCUAUUGUGGAACACGUAGACUUAUUAACUAGUUGACGGCGCCUUAAACAUAAUAUAAAAUAAAUAUCGUCUUAUAUAGACACAGAUAUAAAUAAUAUACUUUACGAAUAGGAAGACAACUGCAUUAAUAUGUCUGUUAAAACUUCAUCAAAUUCAUAAUAGUUGUAACAUAUAUAUUAUGGUAUAAUAUAAUUGCCCCUUACAGUUAUAACUGAUAAGUAAGCAAGUUUAACCCACAGAUAAGCCCGGCUCAGACGAUCAAAUAUUUGAUCAAAUUAACCAUAACUCUGUAGUGAUUGGUCAAACAUAACCCGCGCAAAUUUAAUUUGUACAAUAAUUAUUAUAGAUAAUACCAAUAUCUAUUUAUAAUUAAUGGCAGUAGGUACUAAUCACUAUGCAGAUCAAAUUUCAUCAACACCGUGAUACCAAGUCAUUAUUCAUUAGGAUAUUCUUACAUUAGAGCUACCGAUAGUUACGAAUACCCAUUAGUUACGACCGUGAAAAAUUAAUAAAACUAUACAAAUUAUGGAAACUAAGGAAAUUAUUCAAAAAUAAAUGUUCAAGGUUAGAAAAUAAGUAAAACACUAGGUAAUUAUAAGUACCUACUUUUUAUGUAGAAGGUAUGCAUUAGUAUUUCAUAAAUAUUAUAUUUGGAGCGUAGCGAGGGAUCUAUUGGUUUUACUAUAAUGUGUAUCGUGUGUGUAUUACAAUUAAAGACAGUUUUUUGUAAUUUUAAAUAAGUGUCCAUCGUCCACAUAAUAUUAUAUACCUAAUAUAAUAAUUUAUUCUCCCAAGAAUCCAAAAAUUCAUAAAUGUAAAUAAUUUGUUACUAACUACUAGUUUUUAAUGAUACCUACCGAUCUGUUCAGUAUCCAGUUCAGUCUAGCAAUAUUUUUAUUCUCUACGGUUUCAUUGAAAACUUAUAUGAAUUAAUCCAAAAUUGUGUAUUUUAUCAAUUUUUAUCAUUGUGAUGCAGAAAUAAAUUUUAUCAUAAUUCAUGAACUCAAAAAUAUGUUCAAUGAUAAUUAACGUAAUUAUUUAUAUUUUAUUUAUGCAUCAAAAAAAAUUUGUUACCCAAUUAUCUAAAUAUCUUCCAAAGCCAAACACAUUAAAAGAACUAAUUUUACUGCUAUUAACAAGGUUACGACUACAAGUUAUUAAACAAAAUUGUUUUAUGCAACUUGACUUUUGUUGACAGAAGCUUUCAAAAUAAAUAGAAAACUUAAAAUGUUACUCUAAGAGUAUAUACGAAUAUUUAAAUACAUACGGCUUACUAGGUUAAUAAUAUUUAUCUUGUGCGGACGUGAAUGUAUAUCAGUGUCUUCAAAACAUUUAUUUGUUUCUGGAAGUAAAUUUGAACAUAAUGAAAGAGAGUUUUGAACCAUUAUCAUUAUUUUUUGUAUUUUAUAUAAAUGCCUUUUGUCAAUAACUAUAUACUUAAAGUAUUGUUCAGUAAGUUUGUCGAUUUUGAAAACACUCAGUUUUUAUUCAAUAUAUAUGUGGUAUUUUUAUAUUUCUAUUUAACGGAAAAAAAGAAUAUCUUCUUCGUGAAUAAACAAAUUACAAUUCCCAUUUAUUAAAUUGAUCAAAGUAUGUAAUAAAAUACUUUUUAUAGCAAUAGUAAAUUGUAAGUGAUUUGGGUUCUUAUUGGAUCCAAAUCAACGUCACAUAUGUCCAAAGAAUAAUUCAAUUGCAUCUUUGCUAAAUUUAUAAGUUAAGACAAAUUUGAAGCUAUGAUUGACUGGUAGAUCUUUGCUAUAUUUAUAAUUGAUUUUUAUUGAUGUGGUAAAUCCAAUGACAAAUGUUUUUCUCAGACUUUUCCACAGAGGCACUACAUCUACAGUUUUAAGUGAUUGUUCAUUCUAUUUUCUUUUAAUACUAUAUUUUCAAUAUUAAUAGGUUGUUUGAAACCUUUCUGAAAAGUUCUU